AUGCCAACGCUCUCAACCGUCUCUCGUUUCCUUCCCUCGUGGUCGACCGUCCUCGUCGGCUUGAUCCUCAACUACGCGCUCAAGACGUCUAGCACGACCGUACGCUCGCAAUGGCUUCGUAGAACGUUCUUCACUUUACUCUGGCUCAACUGGAGGUCAUUACCUUUCAUUUGGCACCUCCGUACGUCCGCUCCGCAUCAUACCUCGGUCAGCAAAGUGAAUCGAUUAAGACUGAACCCCGCCCGUCCUAGCAGACCUCUUUGGCCAAGUUCCUCUCCUGCAUCUCCGACUUCGUCUUUACGGCCUAGACAAGGUAUUCGCCAUCGCCAAAGACCCCUUCGAUACCAAAGUCAUCACCAGGGGAACCGCCACUUGGGACGCGUCCGAUUGGAACAUGCAUCUCAGCAAUUCGUCCUAUGCUAAAGCAUGCGACGUAGCGAGGUUCAAGUGGUUGUGUAACGUCGUAGGUUGUUUCGUCGCUCAGCCGUUCGGAAGGAUGGAUGAGCAUGUUCCUGAUGUUGUUGAUUUGGAUGGUCUUGGGUCUUGCGGGGGGGGGGGGGGGAAUCAGGUUGGCCCCGCAUUCGGUAGAGAGGAUAUUUGGUCCCCUCUUGCUCAAACGGCUUUCUAUUUUCAUCGCGAGAUCCCGAUCUUCGCUUCGUACGAGAUCGAUGUACACGUCGUCGCAUGGGAUGAUAAAUGGGUACGGUUCCCAUCUGCAUCUUUCUAGCCGCGAUUCGGAACCGAUCGCCCCAAAACUGAUCUUACUUUUCAUUCACUUUUCCUCCCCACGAUAGCUCUACUACGUCUGCCGUUUCACCACACCUCCGAAUAAGAAAACCUCCUCUUCCGAACGAACGCUGAAUUGCGUCUCCCUUUGUCGAUCAUGUUUCAAGAUGAAAGGAUCGAGACUUUCUAUACCCCCUUCGCGCGUCUUGUCCAUCUCUGGUGUGGGUCCUGAUCGAUCCAAUUGGGAUCGAGCGAUGGGUUUUAGAGCCGAGGGGAAAGGGAAGGCUUGGUUGAAGUAUGGUGGGGAAUUGGCGGCGAAGAAGGCGGGCAAGUUGGGUACGGAUCAUGUUUUGGUUGGGGAGGAAGGCUGGGACGAGGAUGGGAUGCGAGAUUAUGAAGAGAGGAGGAUCGAAGGGUUGAAAAUCGUGGGAAGGUUUGGGGAUGUGAGAGGGUGGGAGAACCUUUAG